CCGCUUAUGCAUCAACCUGUAUCCUUCCAAUCCCUCCCCAAUGAACUGCAAUGCGCCAUAAUCCGCUACCUCGACCCCAUAGCCCUCAUCUCAACAAGCCAAACGAACAAACACUUUCGAACCCUCAUCAACCCUAGAAAGAUUCAAUUCACUGAGCGGCUGCUGGCGUUAGAAUGUAUUGAGGAAAUCGGAGGACCAGAGAUUAGUUUCUCGCGCUUUGGAACUCUCACGCCCGACCGAACAUCACGGGAAUGGGGAUUGAAUCGCUGGGCAUGCACGGCGUGUCUUCGUCUCUUGCCAUAUCAAUGCUUCACAAAUAAGGCAAUCUCACAACUCGCCUAUCGAAAACCGAUUCGUGGCUCCCCCGCGGCGCGGAAAUGUACGUCGUGGGAACCAACGCAUCCACGGAUUCCCAGGACCAAGUCCGCGCCACAACAUACCCAUAAAGAGAUCAGGGACGAGGAAGAGCAAGGAGAAGAAUCCUUCGCCUUCCGAGCCCGCUACGCAAUCACCACAACACAAAACUGGGGCGCCCACCGCAUCUGGGAUAGCCACAGCGACGACGCAUUCCAGCUGCUAACCGCGCGACAGAUCCAUUUCCAGGAUGCCGGACUCGUCGAGUUCCAGGAUAUGGAUGUCCACGCAUUCACAUCACUAACGGAAGCUGAAGAGAAUACGAUUCUCGACCGCGAGGCGCGCGCCGUCGAAAUGCUGCGCGCGGGGCAUAAUCGGCAUCAGCGGCGGUGUCUCGAGUGCCGCUUUCGCCGCGGGGAGUUCCGGGGGUGUUCAGGAGCGGGCAGAGGGGUUGGAACACCGAAGGUGCCCAUCGUCACCGGGAGACAGGAGUGGUUUGGGACGGUUGUUGACCGGUAUUUCCCGGGUGUGUCGGAUGCCCUUGAUAUCGAGCGACCGCCGUUCAACGCACCGGUCUUUGUGAUUCAUAGGGAGAACGCCGUGGAGAGGCCCUGGACAUUAUAUCGCGUUCGAUGUCCAGGGUGUACGCGGUGGCAAGAACUACGCGCGUUUCGCUUCGGCGGGAUAUAUCCGCGAUGGGAGCCGCGAGCAAUGCCGCUACUACGGGGUCAUGCGGACUGGUACUACAACUGGGAUGGGACACCAGUCAAGGUUGAAGUCCUCAGAAACCUUCGAUGUAACCAUUGUUUUGUCGCGGAACACGACCGGGAGUCUCUCGGGGAGGGACUGGUAAAGUGGCUGACCAGCCUGAUCGACGACCAACUCAUUGAGGUCACGAAUAAUCUCCGAGCCGGAUUCAACCAUCUCAUCUGUCGAUUCGGGCGCACCUCCAAGGCAGAUAAAGCGGAAACUAAGCGGCUCGUGUGGGAUCUUCGGCCUCUUCUGAACAAAAAUUCAUUGGAUGUGACGAGGAUGGAUGUUGCGCUGCUACGGCUGCGGCGAAUACAGUGGUUGGACUUGUUUCCGGGAGUCAAGGAUGGAGAAGACGAGGGACAUGGGUUGUGGUUUGAGCCUGAUCAUUUCUUCUGGCAGUGGCUGGAGCUCUAUGAGGAGAGCGAGGCGAUCUGGUUCUGGUUGAAAGGGUUAAGGGAUGAGAUCCAGGAGGACGACAAAGCUGAGCGACUUGUGGACUGGGCGUUAGCUAGAGAUGAGUUGCUUCAUUCAUAGACUUGGUCUUCCUUGGAACCCUUGUUUCAGUGCAUCCAACUCCAAAACUAGACUACAGGGAGUUAUUGAACAAGAGCCACAUAUCACAUCGG